AUGAGCUCGGAUAUAAGUACCAGAAAUCCCCAGGAAGAAUACGAGCUGAUUCAGAGGAUCGGUAGCGGCACGUACGGUGAUGUUUAUAAAGCAAAGCGAAUUUCAACUCAGGGAUUAGCAGCUAUCAAGGUUAUCAAAUUAGAAGUCGGCGAUGAUUUUUCAAUAAUACAGCAAGAAAUAUUAAUGAUGCAAGAUUGUCAACAUUCCAAUAUUAUAGAAUAUUAUGGUAGCUAUUUACGUAGGGACAAAUUAUGGAUAUGUAUGGAGUAUUGUUCUGGAGGUUCAUUGCAAGACAUUUAUCACAUUACCGGACCACUUACAGAACUACAAAUAGCAUACAUGUGUAGAGAAACACUUAAAGGACUUUCAUAUUUACAUACAGUGGGUAAAAUGCAUAGAGAUAUAAAGGGAGCAAAUAUAUUGUUAACUGAAUAUGGUGAUGUAAAGUUAGCAGAUUUUGGGGUUUCUGCUCAAAUUACCGCCACAAUAAAUAAACGCAAAUCAUUUAUUGGUACUCCAUAUUGGAUGGCACCUGAGGUAGCAGCUGUAGAGCGUAAAGGUGGCUAUAACCAAUUAUGUGAUAUCUGGGCAGUUGGAAUAACUUCUAUUGAGUUAGCUGAAUUACAACCACCAAUGUUUGACUUGCACCCUAUGAGAGCAUUAUUUUUAAUGUCUAAAAGUGGUUUUAAACCUCCGACAUUAAAGGACAGAGAUAAAUGGAGUCCAACAUUUCAUAAUUUUAUAAAAAUAUCACUGACUAAAAAUCCAAAAAAAAGACCAACAGCAGACAAGUUAUUAAUGCAUUCAUUUUUUUGUCAAGAUAUGAGUAAACGACUUGCUAUUGAUCUUCUACAAAAAGCAAGUAACCCUACCACUCAAUCAUUUACAGAAAUAGAACCUGAUGAUGAUGUUAUCUCUGAUGUUCCCCGGCGUAUCGCAUCAAGAGCAACUGUUGAUCAUAGAAGUUCAAAUUUAUUGGAAGCAACACAUUUACCUCACAACAGUAAAAAUGAUACACCUACUCUGUUGGAAUCUAGAAAUUUGGGAAUGGUUAAUAUAAAAAAAAAUGUACUAGCACGCAAUAAUGACUGUGAUAAUUUUGGAAGAUUAGACUGUAUUUUGACUGAAAAGGGAGAUUAUAGUCGUGUUUUCAAUGAAGAUAGGAAUGGGAGUUAUGAAGAUUUAUCUACUUUACCAUUGUCUGAAAAAUGCUCCGUGCCACAUUCAUCUAGUCAAAAAUGUAAUUUUCCUAAUAAAGGCUGUGUGUACCAAAAUUUAAGAGAUAGUUCUUCACCUUCUAGACGACAUAGCUCUCUUGAUGAAAUUAUUGCAUUACCAACAUCUAAUGUUACUGUAAAUGGACGUCAACGUUCAUUUAGCGACAGUGGAGGAGAAGGUCCUGAACCAGAUUUAUUAGCUGAUACACCUCCAGUACCACCACGUCGGUCAAAACAACGUAAUUCUCCUCCAAAACCAAUUAGUAAUGGCCUACCACCUACGCCCAAAGUGCACAUGGGUGCUUGUUUUUCCAAGGUAUUUAAUGGAUGCCCUCUAACAAUUUAUUGUACGGCUAGUUGGAUUCAUCCUGAAACUAGAGAUCAGCAUGUAUUUAUUGGAGCCGAAGAAGGAAUCUACAAUCUUAAUCUAAACGAACUACAUGAAACUGCUAUUGAUCAGUUGUAUAAUAGACGUACAAUUUGGUUGUAUGUUAUAAAGGAUAUUCUAAUGUCCUUAUCAGGAAAAACCACCCAGUUGUUUAGGCAUGAUCUCUUAGCCCUUCAUGGUAAACAAAGUCAUAGGUUUUCACAGCAUAUGACCAGAAUUCCUGAACGAUUAAUGCCUAGAAGGUUUGCACUAACUACAAAAGUACCAGAUACCAAAGGUUGUAUAAAAUGUUGUGUUGGACGUAAUCCAUACAACGGUUAUAAAUAUUUAUGUGGAGCCAUGUCCAGUGGGAUUUUUUUAAUGCAAUGGUAUGAUCCACUUAACAAGUUCAUGUUGUUAAAGCAUUUUGAAUGUAAUUUACCAUCACCUUUAAACGUUUUUGAAAUGGUCAUAACGCCUGAAUUAGAAUAUCCACUCGUUUGUGUUGGUGUGAAAAAACCAAUUGGACCUAUUAGAAAGUCUAUGAAUUUGAAAUUAGAAUUGAUCAAUGUCAAUACUGGUGCAUGUUGGUUUUGUUCUGGUGAAACAGAUGAUUCUGAUAAUACUGGCACAGUUAUUCAAAGAAGAGAUAUUAUGGAUGUUGUAUGUGUUUGCCAGUUGGAUACAGAUUCAUUUUUAAUAUGCUACAAGAAUGUUGUAAAAAUAAUUAACUUACAUGGGAACCUGAAGCAAGAUAGAAAUCAAAUAAAUCAGCUCUAUUUUGAUUUCACUGUAGAAUCAAUAGUUCGAUUGUCUGACAGCAUUUUGGCAUUUCAUAAAAAUGGUGUCCAAGGACGUAGUCUUAAAAAUGGUGAAGUCACCCAAGAAAUAGUUGAUAAAAGUAGAACCUAUCGUCUUUUGGGUUCUGAUAAAAUUCUGAUAUUGGAAUCGCACAUGGUUUCCAAAAAAGCUGAUGAUGGCGCAGACUUGUACAUCCUAGCUGGUCAUGAAGCCAGUUAUUAA